AUGAACAUUAGGAAGUUGGCCUCAGACGAGGCAUAUGCUUUGAUUAACGAAAUACCAUCAGAUUUAGAGUCUGUCACUUCAGGGGCUCCAUCUGAGGAUGAAUUAGAUGAGCUUGAAGAUGACGAGUUUCAAGUCAUCCCCGGAAACGUUAAUCCUUAUCUGGAGGCGAAACGUGAAUUAGAUCCACCAAUAUGGGCCAGUAAAAUCAGGUUCUACCCCUACAGCUAUCAUAAAAGGACCGUGUGUAUGCGAGUCGAGCUCUACGGCUGCCAAUGGACCGACGGCAUCAUUAGUUACUCAAUGCCGCAAGGGGAUAAAAGAGGAAAUAAUUGGGAAUUUUACGAUUUCAGAUAUGAUGGCGAAUGGGAUGGCAACAAUCUAAGAGAAGGUCUUGGUCAGCUUACCGACGGCAAGUUUGGCCACGAUGAUUUCAAAACCGAUUUCUACGACGGGCAGACUUGGGUCGGAUGGAAAAAUGAAACCAGACACAACAAGCCCGUCGAAAUAGUAGCUGAAUUUGAUAGGGUUAGGGAAUUUUCCGCUGUACAUAUUUAUUGCAAUAAUCAAUUUACCAAAGAAGUACAGAUUUCUUUUGAUUCUGUUGUCGCCCAUGGAAACUACAGCGUCGAACCAGAGCCCAGCACAGUGGCACCGGAAGUGGAUCUGCCUGAUGGCGACAAACACGAUCACAAAAUUGAAAUUCCGGUCCCCAAUGAAAUCAAUGAACCGACGAUAAUAGCUAUUAUACUGAUAGGGCUUAUCCUUGCAAUACUUAUUAUCGGAGCUUUCGUUUUGCUCAUAUAUAGAUUUAGAAAUAGGAAAUUCUUCCGAAGUCCUAAUUCGUCUAAUAUCGGCUUCCCCAACAAUACCAUACCUCACCUUCAACCAGAAUCUGUGUAUGGUCUGAGUGAAAAAGGUAGCUCCAUCGAAGCAUACGGAGUAACAGAAAUAGACGACUACCGAAUGAGUCACGGAACAAUGAAGUCCAGUCUUAGAUCUACCCUUCCACUGCCUCACCCUGGCAAUAUAUCCGAAAGCAACGAAUAUCAAGAACCAUAUCAAGCGAUGAAAUUUGCUCCUUACUACAGCUAUAGUCCUGUGGUCAUGGAAAUGCAGAAUACGAUCCAAGGAACGAUGAAGAAAUACCCUAUUGCGGCAGAUAACUACGACUAUGUUAUCCCAGAAGGAAGCAAUCUACCACUACUUUCAGAGUCAGAGCAAAACACUUUACCUGUUUCAAGAAGCAGGCUCAACAGUGUAACAUCGAAAGGGCCACGAAUGUCCAUAAAAAGUACUCAUAACGACGAUAGAGGAAGACAGUCUCCAACCCAACAAGAAGCUAUUACAGCAUUAAGAAAAAGAUUGGAUGGUACUACGAUUAUGGAAUUCCCACGGCAUCGACUCAGAAUGUUGUCCAAAUUGUCUGAAGGGGCUUUUGGAACGGUUUAUAUUGCUGAAGCAGACGGAAUAAACGAAUUUUCUUCAAACAUGUCUACCGAAACCAGAUUAGUAGCUAUCAAGUUUUUGGGAGAAACAGCUACGGAUAAGGAAAGGAAAGACUUCUACCGAGAUGUCCGAAUACUAGCAGCCUUAGAAGACCCAAACAUAGCUAGAGUUCUCGGCGUCUGCAGUCAAGAUGAACCGCUGUGCGUCAUUAUGGAGUAUCUCGAUCACGGAGACCUCUGUCAGUUCUUGAGAACACAUGUGGCCGCCUCCAACACUUCCACGCUGCCGUAUGGACUCAAGUCGCUGUCGUUCGAUUGCCUUCUCUACAUGGGAGUUCAAGUCGCCUCUGGGAUGCAUUAUUUAGAAACUUUAAAUUUCGUUCACAGAGACUUGGCGACGAGAAACUGUUUGAUAGGAAAGGGGUACCAGAUUAAAAUUUGUGACUUCGGUACAUACAACGAACUUUACAUUAGUGAUUAUUAUAAGGUGGAUGGUAAUACGCCGUUGCCGAUUAGAUGGAUGGCCUGGGAGAGUGUUUAUCAGACUAGGUACACAACGAAAAGUGACGUUUGGGCAUUCGCCGUGACACUAUGGGAAAUCCUAACGCUUUGUCGCCGACAGCCGUACGAAUUCCUCACCGAUCCCGAGGUGAUGGAGAACUUAGCACGCUUACACUGUGAUGAUGGGCAAUUCAAAUACCUACCUCGUCCUACGACCCACAAGGAUAUAUACGAUUUAAUGUUAGAAUGUUGGAGGAGGAAAGAUUCUGAUAGGCCUACGUUUAGAGAAAUACACUUAUUCUUGCAAAGAAAAAAUUUAGGAUAUGCUCCUACAUAG